GCACUGACAACAGACUGGCCCACCGGCGGCAGACGGUUCUCCGUGAGAAGGGGAGAAGGUUAGCUAAUCGGGGACCGGCAUACAUGUUUAAUGAUCGCUCCACAAGCCUGUCCAUAGAGGAGGAACGCUUUCUAGAUGCAGCCGAAUAUGGCAACAUCCCGGUGGUGCGGAAGAUGUUAGAAGAAUGCGUCUCGCUCAACGUUAACUGUGUGGAUUACAUGGGUCAGAACGCCCUGCAAUUGGCAGUGGCCAACGAGCAUCUGGAAAUAACCGAACUUCUUCUCAAGAAGGAAAACCUCUCUCGUGUUGGGGAUGCUUUGCUCCUAGCUAUUAGUAAGGGUUAUGUGCGGAUCGUGGAAGCGAUUCUCAACCAUCCAGCUUUUGCUGAAGGCAAGAGGUUGGCCACCAGCCCUAGCCAGUCUGAACUCCAGCAAGAUGAUUUUUAUGCCUAUGAUGAGGACGGGACACGGUUCUCCCACGAUGUGACUCCGAUCAUUCUGGCUGCCCACUGCCAGGAAUACGAAAUCGUGCACACCCUCUUGCGGAAGGGUGCCAGGAUUGAACGGCCUCACGAUUAUUUCUGCAAAUGUAGCGAGUGCAACCAGAAACAGAAACAUGACUCUUUCAGCCACUCCAGAUCUAGGAUUAAUGCCUAUAAAGGUCUGGCAAGUCCGGCUUACCUGUCAUUGUCUAGCCAGGAUCCAGUCAUGACGGCUUUAGAACUUAGCAAUGAGCUGGCAGUGCUGGCCAAUAUUGAGAAAGAGUUCAAGAAUGACUACAAAAAGCUGUCGGUGCAGUGCAAAGACUUCGUGGUUGGCCUCCUUGAUCUGUGCAGAAACACGGAAGAGGUGGAAGCCAUCCUGAACGGGGACGUCGAGACGCUGCAGAGCGGGGACCACGGUCGCCCAAACCUCAGCCGGCUAAAACUCGCCAUUAAGUAUGAAGUGAAAAAAUUUGUGGCUCACCCUAACUGCCAGCAGCAGCUCCUCUCCAUAUGGUACGAGAACCUUUCUGGGUUGCGGCAGCAGACGAUGGCGGUCAAGUUCCUCGUGGUCCUCGCCGUCGCCAUCGGACUGCCCUUCCUGGCUGUCGUCUACUGGCUGGCCCCAUGUAGCAAGAUGGGGAAGAUCUUGCGUGGGCCGUUCAUGAAGUUUGUGGCACAUGCCGCCUCCUUCACCAUUUUCCUGGGACUGUUAGUCAUGAACGCAGCGGACAGAUUUGAAGGCACCAAACUGCUUCCUAAUGAAACCAGCACAGACAAUGCAAAACAGCUGUUCAGGAUGAAAACAUCUUGCUUCUCGUGGAUGGAGAUGCUCAUCAUAUCCUGGGUCAUAGGCAUGAUAUGGGCUGAAUGCAAAGAAAUUUGGACUCAAGGCCCCAAGGAAUACUUGUUUGAGCUAUGGAAUAUGCUUGACUUUGGUAUGCUGGCAAUUUUUGCAGCAUCGUUCAUUGCAAGAUUCAUGGCAUUUUGGCAUGCUUCCAAAGCCCAGAGCAUCAUUGAUGCAAAUGAUACCUUGAAGGACUUGACAAAAGUUACGUUGGGAGACAAUGUGAAAUACUACAAUUUGGCCAGGAUCAAGUGGGACCCCUCGGACCCUCAAAUAAUAUCUGAAGGUCUUUAUGCAAUUGCUGUAGUUUUAAGUUUCUCUAGAAUAGCUUAUAUUUUACCAGCAAAUGAAAGCUUUGGACCUCUACAGAUAUCGCUUGGGAGAACGGUCAAAGACAUCUUCAAGUUCAUGGUCAUAUUCAUCAUGGUGUUUGUGGCCUUUAUGAUCGGAAUGUUCAACCUCUACUCCUACUACAUUGGUGCAAAACAAAACGAAGCCUUCACGACUGUUGAAGAGAGUUUUAAGACACUGUUCUGGGCUAUAUUUGGACUUUCCGAAGUGAAGUCAGUGGUCAUCAACUAUAAUCACAAAUUCAUUGAAAACAUUGGUUAUGUUCUUUACGGAGUCUAUAACGUCACAAUGGUCAUUGUUUUGCUAAAUAUGCUAAUUGCAAUGAUCAACAGUUCAUUCCAGGAAAUUGAGGAUGAUGCUGAUGUGGAAUGGAAAUUUGCAAGGGCCAAACUUUGGUUUUCCUACUUUGAGGAGGGGAGGACGCUUCCUGUUCCCUUCAACCUGGUGCCAAGUCCAAAGUCCCUGUUUUAUCUCUUGCUGAAGCUUAAAAAAUGGAUUUUUGAGCUGUUCCAGCGUCAUAAAAAGGGAUUCCAGGAGGAUGCAGAGAUGAACAAGAGAAAUGAAGAAAAGAAACUGGGGAUUUUAGGAAGUCAUGAAGACCUUUCAAAAUUAUCACUUGACAAAAACCAGGUUGAACACAGUAAACAAUCAAGUAUAAGGAGCUCGGAAGAUUUCCACUUAAACAAUUUCAAUAAUCCCCCAAGACAAUAUCAGAAAAUCAUGAAGAGGCUCAUUAAAAGAUACGUACUGAAGGCCCAGAUAGACAAGGAGAGUGAUGAAGUGAACGAAGGGGAACUGAAGGAAAUUAAGCAGGACAUCUCAAGUCUGCGCUAUGAACUCCUUGAAGAAAAGUCUCAGAAUACGGAAGACCUAGCAGAACUUAUUAGAAAACUGGGGGAGAAAUUAUCCAUGGAACCAAACCAAGAGGAAGGCCACAGAUAAUGUCGAAACCCCCCUGAGAAAUUCAUAUUUAUUUGUUCACUCGAAGCCAUAUUAUUUCCUGAGUUGUUUUUUUAAGUGCCAAUGGGCUCGCCGUUAACAAGGAAAAGUUAAGUGAGAACGAGGGCCAUCCUAUCAUCUGGAACGUUAACAUCGAAGGUCUUGGGUGAUUGCAUUUUGUGAGCCAGUCUUGAGGUGGUAGAUUAGGAUGAAAAUGGGGCCCAGCUGUUUGGUGCUUGCAUUAUAAACCGCUUUCUUGGGUAUAAC